CUAGAAGCAAAAGGAAAAAUACUGUUUACAGUUCAGAAUGAGUAUUAUGGAAUAAAGAAAGGGAAGGGGAAGGGGUGCACGCGACCGGGAUUUACGAGAGAAUGGAGCAAUGUCUCAAUGAGGUCUUUGCCGCCGAUAUUUGACGUAUGGGUGGAUAAAUUAAUAUAUCCUACAGGACCAGCUCCUUGGCUAUUAAUCUCGACCGAGUCAGUUGCCCCUAGAGCUGAGGAACCUUAAACCAGACCCAGUCGUUCGGCGGCAAAUGUGAAACACUGACUUCUCUCGCUUAGAUCCAUCUCAACAGCUAUCACGACGACUACCGAGAACGCGUCACGACGAUGAGGUGAUCAUUGCCGGAUAUGGUUGAAAAACCCUGACCGUUGUCCCUCAUGGCAUCGCUGGAUCCUGACUAUCACUGGAGACAAUUGCAGCGCCAACCUAAGCGUUAGCCAUCAAUCAGGCCAUGAUGACCCCCCAACAGCUCCAAGAAGGAUGUAAUAUGAAUGGAUACCAAGAGGAUGUAUACUAUAAAAGCUAGAAAACCCCGAAGUCUACCACUGUGAAAUAAUGUGCAACCGCCAUUAUUCAUUUUUGCAUUCAUUCAUUCUUUCUUUCUUUCUUUAACAUCUAGUCUUUCCUUUUACCUUGUCGCUCUUUCAAUAUGCGCUCUAUCGUUCUGUCUGCCCUGGCGGCAGGCCUUGCACAAGCUUACACGGUGACAAAUGUUGGGUUGUUCAUGUUCAAAAACAUCGAUCCUCUGGUGGUCCCUGGCAAAUACACCAGCCAUAUGCAUAGUUUCUUUGGCUCCGAUGCUAUUACUGCCAGCACUAAAACAUCUGAAGAGCUGCAAAAGGGCUGCUCCACAGCUAAGAACCCCAACGAUUAUUCGACUUACUGGGUUCCAACCCUCUACCAUGUCGAUGGUUCAAAUUAUACCGCAAUCCCUAUCUUCCGAUUCAGCGCCUACUAUGUCGACGUCAACAGUGCCGAGAUUGCCAUCCCCCAGAACAUGAAACUUCUGGCAGGCAAUGCCACUGCUACGUACCUGGACGGCGUGGAUGGCAACGCUGGUAUUCAAUGGUUCUGUGAUAGCCAGGCAGGAGAGGAGAAGGACGACGCAGCCUUCCCGACCGAGACGUGCAAGUACCAUCUGCAGACUCUUCUCCUCUUUCCCGACUGUGCCAACCCAGACACCCUGGAGUAUGCCUACUCGGCCAACCCCGAUUGGGUGGAUGGCUACGGCGAGAAUCGAUGCCCAAUUGGCAUGAAGCGUAUCCCUCGUCUCCGGUUCUCCAUUCGCUACGACUUGCGGAAGAUCCUUCCAGACGGCUGGUCCGGUACCCCUCCAUUGGAACUCGCCUGUGGCUCCUCAUACUGCAGUCAUGGAGAUUUUAUCAACGGAUGGCUUCCAGAGGCCGCGGAGAACAUGGUGAAGGACGCUUCCUCCAAUGACCGCGAGUAUUUCCAAGUCUCUGGUCCCAAUGGAGCGGGUGAUGAGGGUUCCUUGUGCGAUGCGGAAGAUGCCCAGGAUAGUGAUCCUACCCAUGGUACCAGCGACUAUUGGGAAAGUGUGAAGAUGAUGGGUAUGAGCAAGAACUCGACCUUAGUGAGGUGGGGUUUGGCUCGUCGUCAAUCUUAAGCCAGGUCUAAGCCUGAGAGGUUCGCCCACAUUCAAACCAGAGCAGCUGCCUAUCACAUCUUCGAAUGGAUAUUGCUGGCCGACAUCCUGCUUUCCUGUUUUGUAAAUACCUCCAACUAUUGUCGCUCGCUUUGGUGAAUA